UUUAAAACGACGGACGUCUUAGUUUAAUAUUAGUCUCGGGAUUACGAAAAAUCAAAUCUUUGCCUAUCUUAUGGGCACAAGAUCGACUUUCUUAGAUGAUAGUGUGAAUUUUUUUCAACGAACUGUCAAUUGAAAACAAUUCAACAAUAUCAAUAAGGAAAUAAAUAAAUAACAUCGACGAUUACUUCUGUUUUCAAUAAGUUUUUUUUAAUGGAAUUUAGUGCUAAUCAAUCGUUUUUAUUGGAGUAAUCAACUACGCCAUACGAAAGAAAGAAGAGAAUCGAGAAAAAAAAAAUUAUAGUGAAGAAGCAGAGAGAGAGAGAAAAGAUUUGAAAUUGUUGAAUAGGAAGAAAAUUUUGUGUGCAUAUUGUGUGAGAUAUAAAAGAAUUAAAAGUGUUAUAUAAUGCAUCGGCAAAAUUUUAGUUCGCAACAACAAAAAAGCGUGCAAGAGUAUGCUGUCAAUCAGGACAGCAAUCAAUACCAUCAGCAGCUACAGCAGCAGCAGCAGCAACAACAGCAACAACAGUUAGCUCAGCAACAAAGGAUUACGCGUACCGAGCAUACUAUUCGUCAAGUAACGCAGCAAAGAGUACAUGGUUUAGACAACCAACAAGGUGGUUCAGUUUAUCAACCACAGGGUCAAAGUGAUAUUUCACCACCAGUAUUUGAAAAGAUUUUCAAAAAUGCGCGUUUCGCACAAGGCGGCAAUGCAUUGUUUGAAGGAAAAUUACGGGGAAAUCCGAAACCGGUUGUUUCUUGGACGCGAAAAGGCGCACCACUUCUCGCCUCCAACAAAUACCAGAUAAAUUACAAUGAUAAUACGGGUGAUGUAUCACUUUUAAUUAAUCAAAUUGGCCCUGGUGAUGAAGGCGAAUACACAUGCAAGGCUAGAAACCAAUAUGGUGAAGCAAUCUGCUCGGUACAUAUUCAACCAGAAGGUCAACCGCUACCACCAAUGCAAAAUGUUCAUCAACAAUUUUAUAGGCAACAAAAUCAAACAAAUCAAUAUUCAAAUGGCUAUUCAUUCACAUCGAUUCAUGAAGAAUUCAAAGUAGACACAUUUGAAUAUCGUAUUUUACGCGAAACGUCAUUCAGAGAGUCUGUGACGCGUCGUAAUGUUGGUGAACAUGAUUAUAAUUUAUGCUAUGAAGUUGAUCGUAAUCUUGGACCAGCAACACCACCACAAAUAACACAGAAACCUCGUAAUUCAAAAUUAGUCGAAGGAGCUGAUGCCAGUUUUUCGGCCAAAGUGGGUUCGAAUCCAAGACCAAGAUUGACAUGGUUCAAAGAUGGACAACGUUUGGUCGAAAGCAACAAACAUGAAACGAUUUAUUCCAAUAGUCAAGCAACAUUGCGCAUUAAAAAUUCAAAUGCCAAUGAUUCUGGUCAUUAUACAUUAUUAGCCGAAAAUCCACAAGGAUGUGUUGUUUCAUCGGCUGUUUUAGCCAUUGAACCAGCCCAAGAAGUGCCAGUCUAUCGACAACCAGAUGCACAGGCCGAAUUGGCCGAACAAGGUAAAGCAUUAGCACCAAACUUUAUUCGUGUCUUUGAGAAUAGAGAUGUGACUGAAGGAAAAAUGACACGAUUUGAUUGUCGUAUUACGGGCCGUCCGUAUCCAGAAGUUUUUUGGUUUAUCAAUGAUAAACAAUUGCGUGACGAUGCAACGCAUAAAAUUCUUGUUAACGAAUCGGGCAAUCAUUCGUUGAUGAUUACAAAUGUGAGCCGAUAUGAUGCUGGCACGGUUACAUGUGUUGCACGUAAUAAAGCUGGUGAAGUAGCAAUUCAAGCUCAAUUAGGGGUAGUUGAAAAAGAACAAGUGGUCGCACCCAAAUUUGUUGAACGUUUCACUACCGUUAAUGUACGCGAAGGUGAACCAGUUUUAUUGAACGCACGUGCAAUUGGAACACCAGUGCCACGUAUCACAUGGCAAAAGGAUGGAUGCACAUUGGCACCAAAUCCAAAUCUCUACAUUUCGGUUGAUGGAGGUGCCACUUCACUUGAUAUACCAAGAGCAACGGCUGCUGACGCUGGAUGGUAUCAAUGUACCGCUCAAAAUGUUGCUGGAUCAACAGCAACACGAGCACGUCUUUACGUGCAAUUACCUAAAGAUCCAACUCCCGAGCAAAGACGUCUUUACUUCCCACGACCGACUAAGAUUAUCGAACCUGAACCUGAACCCGAACCCGAAGUUAUUUAUUUGCGACAUGUUGAACGUGCAAGACCGCAUGCUCGACCUGAAGAUGGAGAUCGUGUUUACCCACCACCUCAGUUUAUUGUACCAUUGAGAGAUGUCACACAAACUGAAGGUGGUAAGAUUCACUUCGAGGGUCGUAUUGAACCAGUUGGUGACCCCACGAUGUAUGUUGAAUGGUUUUUGAAUGGAAGACCAUUAGUUGCGAGCUCUCGAUCAACGUAUACAUUUAAGUUUGGAUUUAUUGCACUUGAUAUGUUGAGUGUUAUCGCAGAAGAUAGCGGUGAAUAUGUGUGCCAGGUCACAAGUGCAACUGGUGUAGCCGAAUCGCGAGCCAUUUUACAAGUGACACAACGUUCAAUGAUCGAAAAGUCAACGCAAAAUCCGAACAGCUUGCAAUAUAUACAACAAUUAGAAGAUUAUUCAAAAUAUCAACGAACCGAAAGCGUUGACGAAUCAGUUAAUCAAAAGCCAGCUUUCAUUCGUCCACUGAGGAAUUUGGGUCAAUUGGAAGAGGGUAGAAAUGCCCAUUUCGAAGGUCAAUUAACGCCUGUAAACGAUUCAACAAUGAAAGUUGAAUGGUAUAAGGAUGGUCAUCCAAUCACAGCAAGUUCACGAAUCACAGCAAUCUUCAACUUCGGCUAUGUCUCUCUCAAUAUAUUACACUUACGAGCUGAAGAUGCUGGUUCAUACACUUGCCGUGCAGUGAAUCGUUUAGGAGAAGCCAUAAGUACAGCAACGAUUCAAGUUUUCUCCCGUAACACUGUUACCGCUGACCUUGGAAUUCCCGAACAACAACGUUUUAUCGAAAGCGUUGAAGAGCUCGAGUCUCAUCAACGCCAACAACAACAAAAAUACGCACAGGAGAUACCCGAAAGUGUGUCACCACCUGUAUUUAAAACACCAAUCAAAGAUCAAUUGAAUAUUCGUGAAAAUGGAUUUGCCCAUUUCGAGGCUCGCCUUGAACCAGUUGGUGAUUCCACAUUGAAAGUGGAAUGGUUCAAAGAUGGACAUCCAAUUAAGGCAAGCUCAAGAAUCACGUCAUUCUUUAAUUUCGGCUAUGUUGCACUGACCAUCAAACAAGUGUCGGUUCAUGACAUUGGCACCUAUACAUGCCGUGCAAUCAAUGCACGUGGCCAGGCCACAACAUCGGCUCAAAUUACAGUUGUUACCAAGAAUGACAUUAGCUUUGACACCAAUCAUCCAGGCGGAUUGGAAAAAAUCCAAAAUCUCGAAGACACAAGCAGAUACAGCCGCAAGACAGAAGAAGAUGUGCAAAUUUUGCAGAAACCACGGUUUUUGGGUCCAUUGAAGGGAACAAAUAAAAUUAUUGAAGGACAACGCGCUCAUUUUGAAGCUCGUGUAGAACCACAAAACGAUCUUAAUCUCAAAAUCGAAUGGUAUCACAAUGGCAAACCCAUUAUGCCAGCUAAUCGCAUCCAAAUCUAUCACGAUUUCGGUUAUGUCGCAUUAGAUAUACUGAGCGUACGAGCUGAUGAUGCCGGAGUUUAUACUGUAGUUGCCAGAAAUCAACUUGGUGAAGAACAAUUGUCCGCACAAAUGGUAGUUGAAACUCGUUCAAGCAUCGAUACAUCAUCAAUGCAUAAAGGCAUCUACGAAAAAACACAAAAAUUAGAGAAUUCGAAAUUUGUUGAACCUCAAUAUGAAAUCGAAGAGAUUUCAAAAUCGAAACCUUAUUUCGUUCAACCUUUAUCCGACCCAAAACCAGUCAACGAAGGAAAGAACAUUCAUUUGGAAUGUCGUCUUGAACCAUUGGGUGAUCCAACAAUGCGUGUUGAAUGGUUCCAUAAUGGAAAACCAAUUACAAUUGGAUCACGUUUCCGAACAUAUUAUGAUUUCGGUUUUGUCGCUUUGGACAUUAUCCAUGCAAGUAGUUUGGACUCGGGCGAAUAUACGGUUCGGGCAACGAAUCAUCUUGGCUCCGCACAUACAUCAUCAUGUGUUCGCGUCAUUGGCCGAUCGGAUAUUGUGACUGAUACUCAAAAUGAAAUGUCUUUGGAACAUAUUCAAAUGCUUGAGGAAUCGUCACGUCGUCAAAACCAAGUGGCCGACGAUAUAACUGUUUUGCAAGCACCACAAUUCACUCGUCCAUUGCAUAACAUUGAAACGGUCGAAGGAACAAAUGUUCAUCUUGAAUGUCGAUUGCAGCCGGUCGGUGAUCCAACAAUGAGAGUGGAAUGGUUUGUCAACGGUCAUCCACUUAAAUUUGGUCAUCGAUUUAGACCAGCUCAUGAUUUCGAUUAUGUUGCUUUGGAUCUUUUGGGUGUAUAUGCUGUCGAUUCAGGCGUUUACACAUGUCAGUAUCCGUAA